AUGCUGCAACGAUUACCAAAUAAAUGCAAGGAAGAAUAUUAUAAAUUCAUUCAAAUUGGAAAUGAAAGAUAAACAUUUAUUGAUAGUGAUUUUGAUUAUACAGAUUAAAAUAGUCAAAUACAAUUCUUAAGAAUAGGGUCUCUUCAAUUAAAUAAGAAUAUUUAACCAUGUUCUGAAUUCAAAAGAUCUUAAUAUUAUCAAGAUAAUUCUCUAAUCAAUGCAUUUAAUAUUCUAUAGAAAGAUAUUCAAUUUGUUAAGAAUAUUUAUUUAAAUUUAAAUUCCCUUUAUGGAGUUUGGUUAAAUCUAUAAGGAGAAUGGCAUUUAAUAAAAAUUGAUGAAAAAAUACCUUGUUAUUUAACAGGCAAUAUUUAAAAGCUAGCAACCUUAGAAUGUGAAUGUGAAUGGCCAAUUAUUAUAGAGAAAGCAAUAGUUAAGGUAUUGGGAAAGAAUUAUGAUAUUUUGAAUAGAUUAAUAGAGGAAUCAAUAGAAUCUUUUAUGUUUGUAAUUUUUGUAUUUGAAAUUAGAUGUUGAUUGGAUAACCAAUAAUAAAGGUUAGUACAGAAGAUAUUAAUAACUUAAAAAAUGUAAUUAUAUCUCAAAUGUAAUUUCAUUCUUUGUUGUUUGCUGUUCAAAAGUAAAAUGGUUUAGAAUGUGGUUAUGUAAUUCAAGCAAUAGUUAAAGGGAAUAUAAAAGAAUAAGAAUUGAUUUAGAUGAGAGCUGCAAAUAGAAAUUUAGUUAUUUAAGGAUGUAAUAAAUCUUAUUUUAUAUAGAAUAGUAAAUCUAGAAUGAUAAAUGCAUAUUUUUUUUAACAUUCAAAUAAUUUUCAGAGAUAUUUCCAGAAUUAUGUAUUAUUUAACAUCAUCCUAAUUAUUAAUGGAAUUCUAAAGAAUUAAUUUAAUAAGAGAAAAGAGAAUUCUAAUAAUAUAUUGAAAAUACUUAUUGUUAUGAUUUUGAUAUCAUUUAAGAAUCUCAUCUUUAUAUAUCAAUCUGUUAAAGAGAUUAAAAUUUCAAUUCUAAUUAAUUAGUAUCUCCAAUUAAAUAUGGAUUAAUUCGAAUUUUAAUUUCAAAAAAGAAUGAUGAUUAAUAUGAAUUUUUAACUGGAGAUUACAAUAUUAAAUAGAAUGUUUGUUUAGAUAUAUAAUCAUUAGCUUAAGGUUCAUAUACUCUAUUUUGUUAAGCAUAUUUUUAUAAUUAAAUAGAGAAUAAUCCAAAAUUACAAUAAGAAUAAUAAAGAUUGUUUGUAUAAUAUUUUGGAUCUUCAGUACCAGAUAAUCUUAUAAUAAAUAAAAAUGAAAUUUAAGAAUAAAGUAAAUUAAUGUUAGCCAGUUUAGCUAUAGCUAAUGUAAAUGAAGAAAAUACUAGAACAUAUGAAUAAUUGGAAUAACCAGAAAUAUAAGUUACUACAUAAAUGAAUCUAGGAAUGUUAUACUUUUAUUAUAGAAAUAUGGGAACUACAAAAAUAGAAGAGGAAGUUAUAUUUGAUAAUUGUGAUAAUAUUAUUGAUUACGAAACUAUGAAAACAUUAAAUAAAUUUAAUGUUACUGUACCACCUCAUAUUGAUUAUCUAAAAUUGUAUGUUUAUGAUCCCUUUGUUAUAUUUAAUGAAGAUUAGCCUAUCUUUUAAUACUCAUGUAAUAUUAAAUCUCUUGUACAUUCAUCAAAGAAAACAUUAAUGGCUCAAUCUACAAAUUUUAGUAAAAUAAACAAUAAAUAAUCUAUAUUUGAAAGUACAGCUAACAAUCCUUCCUUAGAACUUAUAACAUAUAUGAAAGAGAAUGCUAAGUAAGCUACAAGAAUAUGGAAUAAUAAUCACAUCGAUGUAUAGAUGUAUAUUUAUCAACAUUAAGAAGGUAUAAAUGAUCACUAUUUUCAAAGGUGUCAUAAUUCUAUAUUUAAAUAAUACACAAAAUAUAUAUGAAGAGAAGUUAACAUUUAUAUUAGAUAAUUUAACUAUCAAUUGUACUGCUUCUCUUAGAUAAGGAAAUUCAGUUUUUUUCUAAUUAGAUUCAUAUGCUCAUCUUUUUAUCUAUUUAGAUAUUAUAGAUAUUAAAAAGCCUUACUCACACAAAAUUUAAUGUAUUUAUACACAUUACAAAGAUAUUUGA